AUGUUUUCAGCAGAAGAAAAAUCCAGCGCGAAAUUCGAGGCUGAGCUCCAACUUGAAAGUUUGGAAAGUGAAGAAGACAAGAAGGCAGAAUUAUUAUCCGCUGUUCAGAAGAUUGACAUGAAUGCGAUUUUUCACUUGAUACUAAAAGGAGCCCUGAAAGGAUAUCAUCCUAGGAUCUAUGAAGACAUGGAGAAGAAGAACUUGGAUAAAAUCAGUGUCAAAUUAACUGUAGUUGAACUGCUGUUAAAGAUGGGAAUUGUAGCAGUACUUCCGCAACACUACAAUGAAACUGAUGAAAAAUUGUUCAACGUCACCUUAAUACAAGGAACAGAUUUGGUUAUGACAUUGAUGAUUAAUGUUUCUGUUGUGAAGACUUGGAAUGAUGAAACGCUAAUCAAAUCCGGCAAGAUACCGCUGUUUAUGAUCUGCGCACUUCCAGAUGUUUCUCCGGAAACUGUGAGGAUUAUUCUAGAAGCAGGAACCGUAGGUGUAGACUUCCAAGGAGAAAACAAUAUCACCGCACUUAUGAUAGCGUCAACAAGAGGUAACUUAGACGUCGUCAAAUUCUUAGUCGAAAGGGGAGCGAACAUCAAUAAUACAGCUUAUUUGGCAUUUGAAUCCGUUGGAAAACUUGGAGAACGAUUUAGGUUCUUGAAAUUAUUCACAUUAAAAAAUGUCACUGUGCCACCAACUGUGAUACAUACUUCGGCAUUGUCAGUGGCCGUAUAUGAGGACCACCAAGAUAUGCUUGAAUACCUGAUUAAGUGUGGUGCCGAUGUGAAUGUCAUGGGCCAAGGUUGGGCGGCGCUGAACAACGCUGCUUCUAUUGGAAAGAUAGAGUUGUUGAAAAUUCUACUUCAGAAUGGGAUUGACGUGAAUAGCAAAGACCUCAUGGGCGCAACCGCACUCCAUGCCGCCGCUAAGAACAAUGACACAGAAUCUGCUAAACUUCUUCUUCAAUUUGGUGCAAAUGUGAACGCUACUGACGAGUUUGGUUGGACACCACUCCAUGUCGCAGCAUUUUUCUCACGAAAUGCGUCAAAAGCUAUGCUGGAACUCCUAUUAGCAUCCGGAGCCGAUAUAAACGCCACCACAGAUGGCGAAUUUUCUCCGUUGAACUUGGCAGAAGCGGGGCACAAUCUUUCUUUCCUUGAUUACUUGGUCAGAAACCAUGAUGUCCUCAACUCCGCCAUUGAACAUAGUGGACUACUUGACAUGGACUCUAAUGAAGAUCAUGCUGAAGUCGUCAGCUUUUUACUAAACCAAGGAGCUGAUCUUAAUCACCAAGACAGUAUAUUGGGAUGGACUGCACUUCAUUGGGCAACUUCUUCCGGUGACUUGAGGGUGACAAGGAUGCUAGUCGAACAGUUCGGGGCGGCAAUGACAAGUUCUAAGAUGGGAAUGACUCCGUUUGGAACAGCAAAACAUUUCGGAAGAAAAUCUGUGGUUGAUUAUUUCAUAGGAGAUGGGGAAACACAAAAUAUCAAUGACCCAAAUCAUUCUGAGAAAUCAGACAGCAGUGAAGCAAGAAGGGAAGAAUUGUUUUCAGCACUCCAGAAAGGAGAAAUUUCCACUGUUAAGAGGUUGAUAGAAGAAGGUGAUUUGGAAGAGUACUAUCAUGAGGUAUAUGGCGAGAAAGAAACUACCAUUCUUAAGAAAAUUAAAAAAAAAGUUGAAGUAGUUUCCUGCCUAUUGGAAUUAAAAUUGAUUUCCAUUCCAAAUAACAGUUACGUUACUAUAAGAGGUUCUAACAAAAACCUUUUCAAUGUCACUUUGAUCCCAGGAACUGAUCUCUCGGUAAGGCAGCUUGUCAAUUUGUCUGCAGUGAUGGGCGAAUCCCUUGUCAAGGAAAGGACCGCUCUCUUACAUCACAUUUGCUCCUUACCGGACAUUGAACCCGAGGUAGUCAAGACCUUCCUAGACUAUGGCACUGUGGAUAUCGAUGCCUGGGACCAUUCUCAUCAUACUCCGUUAAUAUAUGCUGUUCUUAGCGGUAACCUAGAGUUAGUGAAGUUUCUCAUCCAGAAUGGAGCUAAAAUAAAUAAAUCCAUUCCAUACCCAUCUGGCAUGAAUAAUGGAAGAAUAGACCAUCAGGUCGAUUUUAUGAGUGUAUUUUCAAGAAAUCCGGUUUUCAUUUAUUCGGUUCGAUUCACCUUAUCAGCAGUAUUAGCAGCUGCUUACGAAAACCAACCUGAGGUACUGCAGUAUUUGUUCGAGAACGGUGGAGGUGUGAGUGAAAAUGAUCAUCCUUGGUUUGUUCUUUUCAAGUCUGCGUACAAAGGCCACCAUGAAGUGGUUGAAAUCUUAAUUAAAAAUGGGAUUGAUGUCAACAGUAGUGGUCCAUGGGGAUCAACAACAUUACACAGAUUAGCGGAGACUGGAAAUAUAAAAAUGGCCAAGCUUCUCUUGAGGUACGGUGCAGGCUGCAAUUGGACAAACAACUUUCGUUGGACUCCACUGCACGUUGCAGCCCUUUAUGGAAUUAACAGUACAAAACUAUUUGUCGAGCUCUUACUUGAUUCUGUUUGUGAUAUCAAUGCACUUACUGAUGGAGGAUUUUCACCUCUCAACUUAGCAGUGGCAGGUAUCAAUCUCAGUUUUUUGGAUUAUCUCCGUAAAAAUCGCAACUGGUUUAAAUUCGACCGGCACAGUCAGAAAUUGGCGGAAUCAGAACAUCGUGAAGGUCACACUGAAAUUUUAAAACUAUUGUUGAAUCGUGGAGCUGAUCUGAAUCACCAAGACAAUAUUUUAGGAUGGACAUCAUUGCAUUGGGCCGCCGCUAAUGGAGACCUGAGAGGAGCGAAACUGCUAGUCGAGGAGUACGGAGCAGCAAAAAAUCUUAAAUCGAAGAUGGAGAUGACUCCUAGCAGCACGGCUGAGUAUUUUGGAAGAGACGCUGUCUUGGAAUACCUCAAUACACGUAGAGAAUAUCUUUCUAACCACCAUCUUUUCAAUGUCUCCUUGAUCCCAGGAACCAAUCUCUCUGUAUCUCGGCUGCUUGUCAACCUGACGGCUGCCAUGGACGUAUCAAUCGCCAAAAAGGGAUACGCUCCCUUACAUCAAAUCUGCUCCUUGCUGGACUUUAAACCCGAGGUAGUCAAGAUCUUUCUAGACUAUGAUACAGUCGAAAUCAACACAUGGAGUAAAUCACUAGGAGAUACAAAAAUUGCAAACGUCAAGGACCCAGGUCAUCAUAUCGGGUCAUCAGACAGCAAUGAAACUAGAAGGAAAGCAUUGGUUUCAGCACUCCAGAAAGGAGAAAUUUCCACCGUUGAGAAGAUGAUAGAAGAAAAUGUUCUUGACGAGUUAUAUCAUGGGAUUAAUGAAGAGAAAAAAACAACCAUUCUUAAGAAAAUUAAAAAAAAAGUUGAUGUAAUUUCCACUUUAUUGCAAUUACAAUUGGUAUCCAUACCUACUAACAGUUACCUUAUCAGACAACCUUCUAACCAAAAUAUGUUCAAUGUCUCCUUGAUCCCAGGAACCGAUCUCUCUGUACGGCUGCUUGUCAACCUCACGGCUGUCAAGGACGUAUCAAUCGCCAAUAAUGGAUACGCUCCCUUACAUCAAAUCUGUUCCUUGCCGGACGUUGAACCCGAGGUAGUCAAGAUCUUUCUAGAUUAUGGUACAGUCGAAAUCAACACUUGGGAUAAAUCACGAUAUAUAACUGCCUUGAUCAAUGCUGUUCUUAAUGGAAACCUAAAGCUAGUAAAGUUUCUCGUCGAAAAUGGAGCUGACAUCAAUAAUUCCAUUCCGACAUCAUUGGAUAAUAAUGAAAAAAUAGACCAUCGGUAUGAUUUUAUGAAUAUAUUUACAAGGAAGCCUGUUUAUAUUUACGGAAUUAAUAUCAAUGUCUCUGCAGUAUUAGCAGCUGCCUACGGAAACCAACCCAAAGUACUAAGGUACUUAUUAGAGCACGGUGGAGAUAUGGACAUUAACGAUGGUUUCUGGUUCGUACUUUUCAGCACAUCGUACAAUGGGUAUGUAGAAGUGGUUGAAAUUUUACUAAAAAAUGGAAUCGAUGUAAAUAGUAAAGGACCUUUUGGGUCAACAACACUGCAUAGAGUAGCCGAAAUUGGAAAUACAGAAAUGGCCAAGCUUUUGUUGAUGUACGGCGCCGACUCGAACUUGACAAACAACUAUGGUUGGACUCCAUUGCACGUUGCAGCCCUGUUCGGAAGUAAAACUAACAAGUCAUUCGUCGAGCUUUUACUUGAUUCAGGAUGUGAUGUCAACGCACUGACUGACGGAGGAUUUUCUCCCCUCAACUUAGCAGAGGCAGGAAACGAUCUCAGCUUUUUGGAGUAUCUCGCGAAAAAUUUUGACUCACUCAAAUUCGAUAAACAUAGAAGUCAAAAAUUGACAAAACCAGAAAAUCGGGAAGGUCACAACGAGAUUUUACAACUCUUACUGAAUGGCGGGGCUGACUUGGACCACCAAGACGACAUUCUGGGAUGGACGACGUUGCAUUGGGCUUCCGCAAAUGGAGACCUGAUAGGAGCGAAACUUCUCGUUGAGGAGUACGGAGCAGCAACCUCUCUUAAAUCGAAGAUGGUCGGAGAUAGAAAAACAACAAACAUAGGAGAAUUGGAUCAUACUGACAUUUCAGACCGCAGUAAAGGUAGAAGGGGAGAAUUGGUUUCUGCACUGCGGAAAGGAGAAAUUACCGCCGUUGAAAGGUUGAUAGAAGAAGGUAUUCUGGAGGAAUAUUACCACGGAAUAUAUGAAAAGAGGGAAGUGAACACCCUAAAGAAAAUAAGAGUAAAAUUAGAUGUGCUCUACUCCCUACUGCACUUACAAUUGUUAUCCAUACCUACUGACAGUUACGUUUCCACACAUCCUUCUGACCAUCAGUUUUUUACUGUCACCUUGAUCCCAGGAACUGAUCUUUCAGUAAGGCUGCUUGUCAACCUGACUGCUGUCAAGGACGUAUCAACAGUCAAGAAGGGGUACACUCCCUUACAUCAAAUCUGCUCUUUGCCAGACGUUGAACCAGAUGUAGUCAAGAUCUUCCUAGAAUACGGUACCGUCAAAAUCGAUGAUUGGGAUAAUACACGGUAUAUAACUGCAUUGAUCAAUGCUGUUCUUAAUGGAAAUCUAAAGUUAGUGAAGUUCCUUGUUGAAAAUGAUGCUGACAUCAAUAAUUUUGUUCCAAGAUCAUUGAUGAUUGAUGGAAGAACAGACCAUCAGUUCGAUUAUAUGAAUAUAUUUACAAGGAAGCCUGUUUUUGUUUCUGAAAUGGAUAUCACUGUCUCAGCAGUAUUAGCAGCUGCCUACAGAAACCAGCCCGAAAUACUAAGGUAUUUGUUAGAGAACGGUGGAAACAUGAUCAUUAACAAAGAUCCUUGGUUCGUACUUUUCAGACCAUCGUACAAAGGCCAUAUAGAAGUGGUUAAAAUCUUACUUGAAAAUGGAAUCGAUGUCAACAGUAAAGGACCUUUUGGAUCAACAACACUGCAUAGAGUAGCUGAAACUGGAAAUAUAGAAAUAGCCAAACUUCUGUUGAUGUACAGCGCAGACUCAAAUUUAACAAACAACUUUAAUUGGACUCCACUGCACGUUGCAGCCCUGUUCGGAAUUAACAGUACAAAGUCAUUUGUCGAGCUCUUUCUUUAUUCUGGAUGUGAUGUCAACGCACUAACUGACGGAGGAUUUUCACCUCUGAACUUAGCAGAGGCAGGUAACGAUCUCAGUUUUUUGGAUUAUCUCGUGAAUAAUUCCGACUCGCUCAAAUUCGAUAAAUACGAAAAUCAAAAACUGGCAGAACCAGAAAAUUGGGAAGGUCACUAUGAGAUUUUGCAACUCUUGCUGAAUCGCGGGGCUGAGUUGGACCAUCAAGACGACAUUCUGGGAUGGACGACGUUGCAUUGGGCUGCCGCAAAUGGAGACCUGAUAGGAGCGAAACUUCUCGUUGAGGAGUACGGAGCAGCAACCACUCUAAAGUCGAAGAUGGGCAUGACUCCUUUCAGAACGGCUCAAUAUUUCGGAAGAGACGCUGUCUCGGAGUACCUCAGUACUGGAAGGAACCUGGUUGAGUGA